AACUGCGGUCCUAAUACAACACAAUGAAGAUGGCGGCCGCAAGUGUGUUUUCAGCUCUUCGGGCUGAAUUUGAGGCCGCCCAAAAAGGCCUCAAAGAUGUGGACGAAAACAUCAAAAGACUCACCGGCAGAGAUCCAGACGAGUUCAGAGCUCAGCUGCGAAGACCUGGUGGUCCCAUGCUGGGUGGUCCCCCCGACCAACAAGGCCGAGAACGAUUUUCGGGGAAACCAGAGAUUAAGGGUGGUCCGCCCACUACUAAACGGAGAAAUUUCGGUGGACCUUUCGUAAGACCACCGAUAGAGCCACCCCCUGCCGAAGAGAGUGGAGAUGAGGAAGACCUUCCUCGAAAGGGUGGGGUGCAGUCGUGGGUGGUUGCGGCGCCGACCAAGGAGACUCAGCGCACGCGCAAGGAGGCGAGCGCGGAUCAGAAGGGUGACCGGCGCUGCAUGGAGCGCAACAAGCGCAUGUUCGGCAUCAUGCUGGGCACCCUGCAGAAGUUCCAGAGUGAGGAGACGCGCCGCAAGGACCAGCUACAGUCCCAAAAGCGGGCAGAGAUUGAGCAGAAGCUGGAAGAGGCUGCGGAGCGGGAGAAGGCCGAGCUCCGCAAGGAGCGCCAAGACCUCUUCCUGUCCAGGCGUCAGAAGCAGCAGAGUCUUCGUAGGCUGGAGCUCAAGAUGGAGGUGGCACGCUUGCACGAAGAAGCAGAAGCUCGACAGCGACUGCUGCUCAACUUCAUUCACACGCGCACAAAGCCGCACAUCAUGUUCAAGCCGGCAAAGCCAUGUCCAGAGACGCAGAAGCGACUCAAGGAAUCGCAAAAGCGCAUCCUCGGGACCAUCGAGAGCCGACGUGCCAAGGUGAAAGAAGAACUGGACGCCAUCGACGAGCUCUACCGCCGCGGCGGUGGGCCCCCUGUAGAAGAGGAGGAAGAGGAAAGCCACAAGGAGAACCGGGGUCCACCCGCCACGGAGACCUCUGCUGCAGAAGCCUCUACGGAUGACCCUGGGCACCGGGUGAAGCCAGAGGGUGAGAACGCCGCCACAGACAGUGAGGCGGUGGCGCCAGAGGACGUGGCGGCCGCAACGGACGCCGCGGAGCCCAUGGAAGUUGGCGGCGAGGAGGCCGCCGGUCAGCAGACGGGUAAGAAGCAUGUGUCCUUUGUAUCACUAAUUUUUGCUUUCCCGUGCUUCAAACGAAAUAGCGGGGUCAAAGCUGGGGUGUGCAGCCGCAAGACACAAACUUUUCUGCAAUCUUCGGUUUUCUUUGACAUUUGGAAGAUAUGGAGAGACGUGAAAUAGCCGAAUCAAAGCUGGGGUCUGCAAAUGCAAGACACAAACUUAUUAGUGAUUUUUAUUUCUCAUACUUCGGGGGAUAUGGGGAAACGUGAAAUAGCCGGAUCAAAGCUGGGGUAUGCAGCCACAGGACAAACUUUUCUGUCAUUUUCGGUUUUCCCCUACUUUGAGGAUGUGGGGAGACGUGAAAUAACCGGAUCAAAGCCGGGAGUGUGCAAACGCAAGACAAACGUAUCUGCAAUUUUUGGUUAUCCCCCGAGGUUAUGGGAAGGCGUGAAACGACAGGGUCGAAGAUGCGGUGUGCAACCGGAGAUAUGCGAACUUGAUUGUGAUUUCUGGUUCCACGUGCUUCGGAGGAUAUGGGGUGGGCGUGAAAUAGCUGGGCCAGUGCUGGACGAUGUGGCCACAAGCGACGCAAAUUUUGCAUUUCACUCCCGCUUGAGCGCUAGCCUUGACAGGGCUUUCUUUCUGAGAUGCUGCUUACGACCAUGUUCAUGCCGCCGAGGCACAAAAUGCGUACCAAGUUCCUUUGUGCUACAUCACCACGAAGCAACGCAAUACAUUCUGUGUUACCACUGCAUUUGCCCGCGGUACCGAACC